UGUCUCUUUCAGAGAAACAGAGACACAAAAAAACUCCCCAUUCUCAGACCAAAGAGACAGCGGCUUGCCAAAAGAAUGAAAAAAUCCAUCUUAGCAUUGAGCAUCCUAGUAUUAUUGUUGGUAGAAGAAGCUACAGGCCACAGCAUUGAGAAAAAGCUGUCAGAGUUUAGAGAAAAAUUAGCCUCUUCUCCUACUGGAUCAUCUUUGCCAACGCCCCUGACUUCAGACAAGAAAAAGGAUGGGAGAGUUUUGUAUCCAAUUGGGUACGGAGCAGACCCAACAGGGGAAAAAGACAGCAGCGAUGCAAUUCUGCAGGCUUUGGGUGAUGCUUUCCAGUUGCGAACAGGGCUAGAAUUGCUGUCUGGGAUCAGAGACUUCGGCGGGGUGGAGAUUGAUUUGCAAGGUGGAAGCUACAAAAUCAGCAGACCAAUAAGGUUCCCUUCCUCUGGCGGUGGCAAUAUUCUGGUACAAGGAGGGACUUUGCGAGCCUCAGAUACAUUUCCCGGUGAUCGGCAUCUCAUCGAACUAUGGUCAACGGAUUCUCCGACAUCCUACCAAAACUACCAAAAUGCCGGAUACCACUACGAGGACAUCACCUUCCGGGACAUCCUCUUCGAUUCAACCUACCGAGGAGGAGGGAUUUUCAUUGUCGAUUCCGCAAGAAUUCGCAUAAACAACUGCUUCUUCCUCCACUUUACAACCCAGGGAAUUCUCGUACAGAGAGGCCAUGAAACCUUCAUCUCGAGCUGCUUUCUUGGACAACACUCAACCGUCGGCGGCUCCCAAGACGAGAAGAAUUUCGCCGGCACCGCCAUCGAUCUCGCUAGCAACGACAAUGCUGUGACGGACGUUGCGAUUUUCUCGGCAGCUAUUGGCAUCGUUUUAAGAGGCCAGGCAAACAUGCUCACCGGAGUACAUUGUUACAACAAAGCAACCUUUUUUGGCGGGAUCGGAAUCCUGCUAAAACUCGCCGGAUGCUCGCAGACUAGAAUAGACAAUUGCUACUUGGAUUACACCGCCAUAGUUAUGGAAGACCCAGUUCAAGUUCAUGUUACAAACGGAUUCUUCCUCGGAAAUGCUAAUGUGGUCUUGAAAUCCGUUAACGGUCAAAUCUCCGGGUUAAAUAUAGUGGACAACAUGUUUAGCGGGCAAGCGGAAAAUAUGGUUCCAAUAAUUAAGUUAGACGGGAAAUUCACCGACAUUGAUCAAGUGGUGAUUGACCGGUAUAAAAUCCAAUAAAUUGAAUUUGCUUGC